CUUUCAGACAAAAUCCCUCCAAACCCUCUCUUUCUUCCAUAUCUCUCUCUCUAAACAUUUCUUCUUUCAGCUCUCUUUCUCAGCUCCAAUGGCGUCGGAAUCGCGGCGGAGAAGAUAGGGGCACGAUGAGAUCCGCAGCCGGGAGCUGCACCCCUGCCAUCCUCUCCUCGAAAACCCUAACGCCGGCCCACGCCUCCGAUGUCCCUCCUCCGCGGAAGCUCCACCGGCGCCGCCGCACCAGAAAACGCAUUCUCCCCGGCGCCUCCACCGGAGCCCGCUCCAGGAGAGACGGCUCCGCCUCCGGCGGGAGGAGGAGCCGCCCCGCCACUCCCCUCCUCCGAUGGAAGUUCGACGAUGCGGACCGUUCCGCCGAGCCUCCGUCGGAGUUCCUUGGCGGGAAGGCCCGAAGGAAGCACCGGAAUGCCGCCGGUGAGGGGGCGCCUGCGGUCUCGGCGAGGAAGCUUGCCGCUGGGCUCUGGCAGCUCCAGCUCCCGGAGGCUAGCGGCGGUGUUGGCGAACGCAGGGGAGCUCCGCUAGGGUUUGAGCCUAAUUUCGGGCAACUACAUGUACCCUAUGGCUGUGAUCCCAAUGUAACAGGCUUCAAUACCAACACAAAGAAUGAGCUGUCUACUCCCAUUUCGGUCCAGGAUGCAAAGAAUGACACUGUUCCAAAGCUCGAAGCUUCAGCUGCAUUAUCCAAUUGUGCAAUGGAGAGAGCAACUAAAUGGGACCAUGGAUGCUCGAAGACAUCAGAUGAGGUUUACAGGUUUUAUGGUAACCUGAUGCUUCUCGAAGAUCAGCAGGUGACUACUGUUUCUGUUGUUUCUGCUCUUCAAGCAGCACUCGAGCAGGCUCGCAGUCAUAUUAUUGAGCUUGAGGCUGAGAAGCGAUCGGCGAAGAAAAAGCUCGAUCACUUCUUGAGGAAGCUUGCGGAGGAAAAAGCAUCAUGGCGAAAGCGAGAGCACGAGAAGAUCAGAGCUGUAAUGGAUGCGAUGAAGGAUGACCUCAACAGAGAGAGGAAAAAUGGGCAGCGAAUGGAGAUCAUGAAUUCCAAGCUAGUCAAUGAACUUGCUGAGGCAAAGUUAUCGGCAAAGCGAUACUUGCAAGACUAUGAAAAAGAAAGAAAGGCUCGAGAGAUUAUGGAGGAGGUAUGUGAUGAGCUGGCAAAGGAGAUUGGAGAAGACAAAGCGGAGAUUGAAGCUCUGAAGAGGGAAUCCAUGAAGAUUCGUGAGGAAGUCGAGGAAGAGAGGAGGAUGUUGCAGAUGGCAGAGGUUUGGCGUGAAGAGAGGGUACAGAUGAAGUUGGUGGAUGCAAAGCUGACACUCGAGGAAAAGUAUUCUCAGCUAAGCAAGCUGCAAAAAGAUCUUGACGCUUUUCUCAGAAAACAGAGCGGUACUUAUCCAGACAUGGCAGAGCUGAAAGAAGCUGAGAUGCUUAGAGAGGCAGCCAACUCUGUUAAGGUUCAGGAUAUUAAGGUGUUCUCAUACCAACCUCCUGCUUCCGAGGAUAUUUUCUCUGUCUUUGAGGAACUCCUGCCAAGAGAAGAAACUAAUGAAAGGGCGAUCGAGCAAUGCUUUGGAAACAGUCCUGCAAGUCGUGCCUCCAAUAUUCACACAGUAAGCCCAGAGACUGAUGCGUUUCUGGAGAAACCCACUAAGAGAUAUGCAAAUGGGAUAAUUGAGGGCAAUGGGGAUAUAGAAGAUGAUAGUGGCUGGGAAACAGUGAGCCAUGUUGAGGAGCUGGGAUCAAGUAAUUCACCAGAAGGUAGCGAUCCAUCUGUGAAUGGCAAGUAUCGAGAAAGCAAUGCUUCAGUUAGUGGAACAGAUUGGGAUGAGAAUAGAGAUAAUGGCAAGUUAAGUAGUGAAAUCAGUGAGGUUUGUUCUGCAACCACAAGGCAGUCCAGGAAGAAGGCAUCCUCUAUAUCUAGACUGUGGAGGUCAUCAUGCCCAAACAACAGUGAAAACUAUAAGAAAAUUUCAUUUGAGGUGACAAAUGGAAGGCUGUCAAAUGGUAGGAAAUCUAAUGCCACUUUAUCUCCUGACAGAAAGUCAGGUGAAGAGGGUCUAAGCUCACCUAGUGUAGGGCAAUGGAGCUCCCCUGACUCAUUAAACCCUCAUAUAACUCGAGGACUGAAAGGAUGCAUUGAAUGGCCAAGGGGCAUGCAGAAGCACAGCUUGAAGGCAAAGCUUCUAGAGGCAAGGAUGGAGAGCCAAAAGGUUCAACUGCGCCAUGUUCUUAGACAAAAGAUUUAGCAUUUCCAUCUUUUUGUAAGCGAAUUAUCUGUCAUAGGGAUCAUACUAGGCCGGCUCGAUUGAAGUACCCAAAGUACUGACUUUGUUGGUUUGUUUAGACAUUCCAUCAACGAUGCUACUGUUUUCAAGGUAAACUGCAACAGAGUCUGUUAGAAAUUUGAGAGCGGGAUGCGGGUUGUUGGACUAUAGUUUUUUCCAUCCUCAAGCUUUGCUAAGAAUUCUCAGAGACAACCUCCUCUUUCUUAUGUAAUCUUGUUUCAAGAGCCCUUAUUUUUUUCAACGAUGGCAAAUGUUUUGGUAGCUGUAGAGACAUAAAUCUUCUGAUGAAGCAAGAAAAAGUUGUAGCAUUUGUCAAAUCUAUAAUAUGCUUUAUAUGCAUCUCAAACAACACCAUGAAGGGUCUGUAGUGACAUCUUUGGAAACACUAUUAAUUUUCUUUUUGAAUC